AUGUCUUACUCGGAAGUGGUCGAGACACGUUACAUCGAGCUUAAAGAGGUCAAAAUCUCAGACUACCGCCGAGCAUCAAAGUUUCGUGUCAUAAUCAAGCAUCAAUCGGGUGCUCAGGAAGUCUUUGAGACCGCGGAGAAGUCAAGCGAUGCUGUAGUCGAUUGCGAUACAUUUGUCAACGCCGCUUCUACGCAAGCAACACUUCAGGUCAUUCGGAGGGAUAGGCCGCAGAGAUCCAACAGAACAUCCGAGGCAACAUUGAUCGUGAGCGACAAGUCGAAGGGAUGGUAUGAGGUUGAGAUGCCUUCUGACUACGGUAUGCGGGUGGAGGUCAAGUUCGGUUCGAUUGUGCCGGCGACCAACGUGGCCGACUUGCGCCUUGGGAAGGCGAUGCGUGCUAUGAAGUCCAAAGAGAAAAUGAUGGAUAUUCUUGAAAUCAGUUCCGACUGGUUAUGUUUGUUCGCGCAAUUGGGCGAAGCCGCAGGAGAGAUCAAUGCCGCUGCGGGUGCAGUGGCUUGCAUUGUACAGUUUGCUCUUGAGAGAGUCACCGACAUACCAGCCUCAUUUCGGAAGCUCUCUAAAAUCACAUUGGAGCUAGUGGAUGACAUGGAGUCUGCGAGAGCGGCCAAAAAGAGCUUCAAUUCCAAACACGCCCAAAAAGCUUUGGAUAGGCUUAUCGAACUCAUAAUCCGCGCAACUGAGGAACUUAUUUACUGUUACUCCAGACCGAAGUCCAUUCUUGUCGUCAAAGAGUGGUUGUCGCCUCGGCGAGAUGCAGUUGCGGAGCUGGAACGGGAUCUUCUUCAACACAAGCAAGCCAUCACGCAAGCAUUCCUUGUCGAGGUUCAAAGCGGUAUCGUCAAGAUCCAGGAUGAUGUCGGAGAUGUGAAGAACGGCGUGUCAGCUAUGCAGGUUGGUGUAGCCGCGAUGCAUAACGAUGUGAAAGCUGCCAGGAAACACGAUGAAGAGAAGGAGAACAAGCUGCUGCUCGAUACGUUGCUUCCACCGAAUGGCAGCCUGUUCCAUGGCAAGGUGGCCUGUCUCGAAGGCACGCGCAAGUCCGUUCUAGACACGAUCAACUUAUGGGUUCUCCAGCGGCAGACACUGUCCCGACUCUUUUGGCUGCACGGAGUUGCCGGUUGCGGAAAGAGUACGGUCGCGUCUUCAGUCUGUCAGAAUCUCCGAGCAAGGCUCGCGGGAUCCUUUUUCUGCAAGCGAGAUCAAGACGAACGAAGGAACUGCAUUCGCCUGUUUUGGUCGCUUGCGUUCUACCUCGCGCAGGCGAACGCCGAAUUCAAGGAAGCCCUGCUUCAGGCGCUCAGAGAGCCCGAUAUUUUCGUCAAUAUGGAUCUUGAUACUCAGGUCGAUCGAAUCCUCCUUCAGCCCCUAACAAAAACGAAGUCCAGCUUCACGCCGGUGAUUUUUGUGGUCGAUGCUCUCGAUGAAUUAAAUUCGAAUGACAAGGCCUCGCAGUAUUUGGCAAAGAUCGUACAGAGUGCGCCAUGGGUUCUAUUUGUCGUGACGAGCCGUGACCUCCCAGGUAUUCGAAAUGGUCUUUCCGGGCUAGCCGAAAUGACGGAGGAGCACGAUCUCUUCCAGGAUGACGCGCGAGACGAUAUCAGUGCUUAUCUUCGCUCUCAAUUCUUGCCGAAUGAGCCAUUGGCAGAACUCCAGCCAUACAUAGAAGAUGCGCAGAUCAGAACUCUCGUCGACAAGUCACAGGGUCUCUUCAUUUGGAUCCGGACGGUCGUCGAGUUCAUCAUCAGGACCGACGUUGGGAAACUCGAAGUCUUGGACAGCGUGCUGGUGGCGGAGAAGGCAGCCGAAUCCGAAUCGGCUCUCGAUGACAUCUACCGGACGGUACUCGAGAAUGCGUCUGGUUCAUCAUCCACUGCCAGAGACGUCAUUCGCCUUAUCAUCGGGCUCAUUCUCGUGACGUCGGUCAAUGAGCCGCUUCCCGCCGAGGCCCUGCAUGCAUUCCUUCCACCGUCCGUGCAUGUGCUGCAAACAGAGUUUGACACGAUCCUCAAAAAGAUGUCACCGGUCCUCAUUGUGAGCAUCAGCGGUGUCCGUGUGUAUCAUACGUCGUUUCUCGACUUCUCGUCGAGCAAGGACCGGUGUGGACAAGCCUUCUGGACGGAAGAGAGGGCUCUCAAUACAAUCAUGGCGACCGGCUGUUUCGAGAUCAUGCAAUCUGGUACUCGCAACUUGAGGCGCCAGUACAAGAAGGUCAGCAGGUCGGGACUGCGCUUCAAUAUUUGCAACAUCGAAACGUCCUAUCUACCCAAUAGCGAGAUCAACGGUCUCGAAGAGCGUGCCUCUACAUGCAUUUCCCCAGAGCUCAUUUACAGCUCAGUUUAUUGGCUGGACCACAUCAUCCGGUCCGAUUUGGGUCAUAACGAUACGACAAGCUGCAUCGAAGGUUCGGUUGCUGAGAAGCUCCCAGGCAUGGCACAGAACUUGUUGUGCACUUCCCAGGCUCUCUAUUGGCUGGAGGUCAUGAGUAUCAAAAGGAGGCUAUCUGCUGCUCGUUCCAUCCUCAUUAGGAUACAAUCCGAACCACAGAUUCUAAAUAAUGGCAGUGUAAUGAUAGAUGCAGCGUCUGAACUCCGAUGGAUCGUGGAUCAGUUCCACCAGAGCAUAUCCCUAAGUACUCCACAGCUAUACAUUUCGACUCUUCCAUGGCUCUCUACCAGUUCAUGCCUUUGGAAAGCGUGGCAAUCAGAGUUCGCUCAUGGACAAGUAUUGACGAAAUCCAUCCAACAACGUUCGCUGAUGCUGCACCACAUCGUCUGCCCCGCCAAGGUCUUCAAUGUGUCAGUAUCGUCAGACGGAAACUAUUUCGCGUCUGGCGGCGAGGACUCGAUCAUCCGAAUUUGGGAUAUGCAGACUGGCGCACCUGCCGGCGAACCAUUAGUCGGACACGUUGGUGUUAUCAUGUCACUUGCAUUUUCUCCUGUGGCCAACCUGAUCGCUUCAUCCUCUACCCACGAGCCCUUCAUCCGCAUCUGGGAUAUAGACGGUCGGACUGCUGCUCGCGAGCCACUCAUGGGACAUGCCUACUUUGCAUCCGGAUUAGCGUUCUCUCGAGACGGAACACGCCUUGUGUCAGGGUCUUAUGAUGGAACCGUUCGAGUCUGGGACAUGAAAUCCGGAACGACGAUAGCACGCCCGAUGGCCGGACAUACAGCAAUGAUCACAUUCGUCGCAUUCUCGCCUGACGGCUUGCGCGUCGCUUCUGCAUCCGAAGACAAGACAGUCUGUCUAUGGGAUGUGGAAAAGUGCGAGCGCGUUGGUGAGGCAUUGAAAGGUCACGCCGGUUAUGUCUUCACUCUAGCUUUCUCUCCUGAUGGGAGCACGCUGGCCUCAGGAUCGGAAGAUCAGACCAUUAGAUUGUGGGAUGUUCGUACAGGUGCUUCAGUAGGAGAACCUUUGAGAGGCCACAGGUGGUAUGUCCGGUCUUUAGUCUACACCAACGAUGGUGCAUACAUUUUGUCUGGAUCGGGCGACUCGACGAUUCGCGUCUGGGAUGCGAAAAGUGGUCAAUCACUUGGUGCUACUCUGAAGGGGACCAAGCUCGGCUUCGCUUGCUCCUUCGCGCUUUCGUCGGACGGGACCAGAGGCGUUGUGGCUUCGGGCGCAAGAGACCUUACAGUCUGGGAUAUCCCCGCCGCUCUGAGCAAAGCAGCACUUCGUGGGCAUAGUCACCAUGUUUUUUCUGUCGCGAUCUCCCCCGACGGUUCUCGAAUCGCCUCCGGAGGAUGGGAUAACUCCAUUUACUUGUGGUCGCGAUCCGGGAAGUUACUCAAUAGCACGUCGAUGGGCCACGACACCAUAGUGUUCUUCGUGCAGUUUUCACCUGACGGAUCGCGGCUGGCUUCCGGUGCCCAAGAUGGGACAAUGAGGAUUUGGGAUGUGGAGAACGGCACGCUCAUGCGCGAGUUCAGACACUCAACGUGGGUCAGUGCGGGGGUAUGGACUCCCGAUGGGAAGAGGCUCGCAGUGGGGUCGGAGGACUCGCUCUUGCGAAUAUGGGAUCCAGAAAGUGGUCUUCCAAUCGGAGAGCCUUUGACUGGUCAUUCUGCAGGCGUCAAAAUGGUCGUAUGUUCCCCCGAUGGCUCGCGUUUGGCAUCAGUAGGCGAUAAAACCGUCCGUGUAUGGGACGCGGACACCGGGGCGCCAAUAGGAGAGCCUUUUAGCGGACAUACGGAACCACCAGAAGCGCUGGCCUUUUCACCGGAUGGCUCUAGACUUGCGUCAGGAGGUUGGGAUAAAACCGUGAGGGUUUGGGAUGUUCAAACUGGGAAAGCGCUUCUGGAGCCUUUGAUGCAUGAACGAAUGGUUCAGUCUGUUGCUUUUUCGCCCGAUGGUCGAUUUAUCCUUUCAGCUUCUUGGGAUGCAUACAUACGCGCAUGGGACACAUAUACAGGAAAGCUGGUGGGCAUUCCAUUGAAGGGUCAUACCGAUGCGAUCAAUUGUGUUGCAAUCACCCGUGACGGAAAGCACAUCGUCUCUGGAGGACGCGACAACGCGAUUCGAAUAUGGGAUGCUGGAUCUUUUUUCUGGGAGGACGAACAAUCGGUGUACAACUGCGAGCUCUUGGGCCCGGAGAGAGUUCCGAAAAGCGUCCCCGAGGACGGAUGGAUCCGUACGUCAGAGGGCGAACUUUUGCUGUGGAUUCCAAGCCAGUUCCGUGGUCCUGUCUGCGAUAUGAGCUUGUUGUGCAUCUCGACGGAUCAAGAAAAUCACCCGAUACGCAUCCGAUGGGACGCCAUAUGCAGGGGAAAGAGCUGGGAAAAGGUGCGCUUGGAAUAGGAACGGUCACUGUUGGCGGACGGUGGAUGGGCGUCGUAGUGUACAGCGUAGAAUACAGUAAGUGAGCUCACCUGGGCUGUUCCGUGCUAUUCAACAAUGUGGCAAAGAUAUCGCAGUGAUGUGAGAACCAAAGCCAAAUGUGAAAUGAUGACACCGUC